GGUGGGCGCUGCGAGGCGCGGUCACGGCAGCAGCGGCAGCACUGGCAGCGUGUGGGCCCUCUUUCUCUUCCAGAGAGAGGCGCCGAGCCCGGUCGCGCUCGCCGCUCCCGCCUCCGCGCCGCAAUGUGAAGAGUCAGCAAGUUCCCAGCGGCCGCUGAAAUGCUCGGUGUCUCCGGGGAGCCAAGUGCGCCGACGCCGCCUAGCCGGGGCGGCGCAGGGCAUGCCGGAAAUUGUAGUUCUCCCGCCGCACCGUCCGCCCGCCGCGACGGGGCUGGCGCCCGCAGCCGCACUACGACUCCCGGCAUUCCCCGCGCCGCGCCGCGAGGAGCCCAGUUGAAGCGGGUGGCGGCGGAGCGCACCCCCUCCCCCCCCCCCGCCAAAAGCCCCGAACCAAAACAAAAACAAACCGCCCCUUAAGCCCCCCGCCCGCCCGCCGCCCCUACCGAGCCCCGGAAAUGGCGGCGCCGGGAGGGGGCUCUGCCAGCCGGGGGUGCUGAUCCGGCCGCCGCGUCCCCCCUGCCCGUCUCUCCCCGCCCAUGGGCAAGACAUGGACUACGAGUUCAAGUCGAAGCUGGCGGCCGAGCGCGAGCGGGUGGAGGACCUGUUCGAAUACGAGGGCUGCAAAGUGGGCAGAGGCACCUACGGGCACGUCUACAAGGCCCGCCGCAAGGACGGAAAAGAUGAAAAGGAAUAUGCACUGAAGCAAAUUGAAGGUACAGGAAUAUCCAUGUCGGCCUGUAGAGAGAUUGCACUUUUACGAGAGUUGAAGCACCCUAACGUGAUUGCAUUGCAGAAGGUUUUCCUUUCUCACAGUGACAGAAAGGUUUGGCUGCUGUUUGACUAUGCUGAACAUGAUUUGUGGCAUAUUAUCAAGUUUCACCGUGCCUCAAAAGCAAAUAAAAAGCCCAUGCAGUUGCCAAGAUCUAUGGUUAAAUCCCUACUCUACCAGAUCCUUGAUGGAAUCCAUUACCUCCAUGCAAACUGGGUGCUUCACAGAGAUCUGAAACCAGCAAACAUUCUGGUAAUGGGUGAAGGUCCUGAGAGAGGAAGAGUCAAAAUAGCUGAUAUGGGUUUUGCAAGAUUGUUCAACUCACCUUUGAAGCCAUUGGCAGACUUGGAUCCAGUUGUGGUGACAUUCUGGUACAGAGCUCCGGAGCUGUUACUUGGAGCCAGACAUUACACAAAGGCCAUUGAUAUUUGGGCAAUUGGCUGCAUAUUUGCUGAACUAUUGACUUCGGAACCUAUAUUUCACUGUCGUCAGGAAGACAUCAAAACAAGUAAUCCUUUUCAUCAUGAUCAGCUAGAUCGCAUUUUCAGUGUAAUGGGAUUCCCUGCAGAUAAAGACUGGGAAGACAUAAGGAAGAUGCCAGAAUAUCCAACUCUGCAGAAAGAUUUUAGGAGAACAACAUAUGCCAAUAGUAGUCUCAUAAAAUACAUGGAGAAACACAAAGUCAAGCCUGACAGCAAAGUUUUCCUUUUGCUUCAGAAACUUCUUACUAUGGACCCUACAAAGAGAAUUACCUCAGAGCAGGCUUUGCAGGACCCUUACUUUCAAGAGGAUCCUCUGCCUACAUCAGAUGUAUUUGCUGGCUGUCAGAUUCCAUACCCUAAAAGAGAAUUCCUCAAUGAAGAUGAACCUGAAGAGAAAGGGGAUAAGAAUCAGCAGCAGCAGAACCAACAUCAGCAGCAAACAGCACCUCAGCAGCAGCCGCAGGCAGCGCCGCCGCCACCACAGCCGCAGCAGCAGAACAGCGCCCAGACCAACGGGACGGCGGGGGGCACAGGCGCCGGAGGAGGGGGCGCGGGCACCGGGCUGCAGCACAGCCAGGACUCCAGCCUCAACCAGGUGCCUCCCAACAAGAAACCACGCAUAGGGCCUUCAGGCACUAACUCAGGCGGGCCUGUCAUGCCUUCAGAUUAUCAGCACUCCAGCUCACGCCUGAGUUACCAAAGCAACAUUCAGGGAUCUUCUCAGUCCCAGAGUACAAUGGGCUAUUCUACAUCGUCUCAGCAGAGCUCCCAGUAUCACCAAUCUCAUCAGUCUCACAGGUACUGAGAGGGCUAACAGACUGCACUCAGAAAGGAAUGGACUAAAAACCAGAAGACUCCAGCAAUAUGAAGUUCAUAUCGAUGAGAAGAACCAAAAAUACAAAACUCUGAUGCAGAAUUCAAGUUCACAAUGACAAAAGGAAAACUUCACUUACUGAAGACUUCUUUCCCCUUGGCCCCACUUGCCCCUUUAUUGCCAUAAAGGAGAUUCUCGUGAAGUUUUCCUCCUUUCCUGCCCUUGCAUGUGCUCCAUUGUGGUUACUCUAAUGAACCCUUCUGAUCUGAACCCAGCACUUAACUUCUUUAACCUUUGGAAUUUUGAAGGAUUCCUGGUGCACCUUCCUUAUGCUGUAGUGAUUGCCAUAAAUCUGUCUUUUCAAUCUCUUUGAUGGGAUUUUAAAGUUUUAAAAUCUUGAACUCCCUGCUUUCAAGCUUGUAUAUAGUUAGUUUUGUACUAGGCAAACCAGUUUAGCUAUACAGGUAUAUUGCACCUUUUUAAAGCACUAUGUUAUUUUCACAGGAUAUUACUGUUUUGCUCAUGGAUGUCAAGAACAGCAAAAUUUUACUGUUCCAGAGUAUUUUACUAUUCUGUUUUUAUUAGUCUAGUCUUCAGGCGAGGUCUUAAGAAUAAAAAAUUUUAAAAAUAAAUAAAAUUUAAAAAGAAAAAGGAAAAAAGAAAAAACCCCACCCAAGUCUCUGCAGCAAGAAAUAUGCUUCAUGCUACUGGACUGAACUCCGAACAGAAGAUUGCUGAUAUUUCUUAACACAUUCACAUUGAAUUCUUGAAAUCACAGUGAUCAUGCUCUGACUAGUUCUAAAUUAAGCAUUAUUUUAAAUGAAACCAGGAUAGUCACAUAAAAAGGAGAUGCUUUCAGGAUCUGUUGGAACAGAAGAAUGGAAUGUCUUCCCAGGCUGGACACCAAAAUAGUCAGGAAAAUAUAAAAUAAAAAAUAUACUGCCCUUAAGUCUUAGUAGGAAUGCAGAUGAUGGGCUUGUUUUUCUAUUAAGCAGCUGAUUAAUGUUUGUGAGAGUUCUAUGAGUUUAGCUUUCUUUACCAUUCCUGAGUCAGUUUUCUGAAUCGAAAGGUGACAGAAAGACUUUUGAAAGCAAAUGCAUUUAAUCAUUUUGUUUGAAUUAAUAAUUAAGAGAAAUUACUGUGCAUUUUGAAAAGCAUGUUGAAAAUUGUUCCUUUUUCAUGUUUAUAAUGCAUAUUCUGUGUCCCUCACAUUGCUGUGAUUAACCCAGAUUAGUUACACCAGAUGCGCUUGAUUGCACUGAAAUGUUUCUUUUUCCCUAGAGCAAACAUGUUUUGAUUGUGCCUAAGGACUGUAAGUGGAUGGGUAGCUGGCAGAAAAUCCCCAGUAAAUAAGCAGGAGUUCAGAAGAAUCAGAGGAUUAUUGUCCAACUUCUGCAACCACAGUUAUUCGGAGAGACACAACAUGUAAUUUGGGACAGCUUAAUUUUCCCUUCAGCCUUCAGAAACCAGGCUGGUUCUAGUUGCAGAAAACCUGGGAAAAAUGCAUUUAGAAAGCUACUAGCAAUGUUACAACAGCGAGCUUCUACAACUGGUGUCCAGAGAAGUGAAAUGAGAAGAGUUUAUAUGGGAACAGUUAAUGUUACAGGCUUUUAUACUGCAGUGUGUUCUCUUCUGUCUUCUGUCCAUACAAAAAAAAAGUGUAUAUAGCUGUACACAUUCACACUGAGGUUGUGAUCAGACCUAGCAAGAUGAGUAAAUUUGUUUGCUCUGAAAAGAAUGCUUUUCAUCACAGCUAGACACAUACAUGUUUCAACUGGAUUUGAUCUGCCCAUCAGCUUUAGUGCCCCCUUCCUUCUCAAGCACGUGUUGUUUUCAUGAACAGUUGGCUUGCUUUGGCCAUAUCUACUAUCAUGUGGUUUUGACAACACCCAGCUUCUCUGGAAAAGCAACUAAAACCUACUUUUGUCAUCAAAUGGGUAAGAAGGUGAUAAAAAAUUAAAUGAAGCAAUUUGAAUGAAAAAAUUUUGGGGGGGGAAAAAUAAUCUCCCGAAUGAUACUUUCAAUAUGUAAGCCUUGAAAUGCCACGUAUUAUACAUAGCCUAGUGGCCAGUUUGAAAGAAUUGUUCCUUUAUUAUAUUUCAAUGAAUCUGGGGUCACAUUCUUUCCGUAAGUGGAAAGUUUCACCUCUUACUGAUGUUGGGAUGUGGUACCUUUGAGCUACUGGAUAUUUGGCCAGUGCCUUAAAGAAACAUUUAUAUUUUUGUGACUUGAAUGUCACACUUCUGGAAAUUAACCUUUGGCAGAGUCAUUUUUGUUAACUCCUGUUCUUUUCACCCUUUUAUUUUCUCAAAAUCCUUUUGGUUUUCCCUUUCUAGUUACCUAACAUUUGUUCUCCCUGCUGUCACCUCCAGCUGAUGGUCAACAUGCAUAUAACUUCAGGAGGUGGCAGGGAGUCGUGUUACUGUAUGUUUAAUUAAGGUGGGCUUGUGUGCCAAUAAGGCAAUAUCGUGGUGUAGAUUAAUCUGUAUGCAGAGUGUAAAACUUCACAGCAAUGUAAGGUGCUUCAGUUGAGUGAGCUUCCAGCUUCUAGAGCAACAGCCACAACCUCUCUCUAAGCUGCACUGGAAUUUUUGCCUUCGGUAGGUCUGAUAGAUGUCCCCAAGCUGCCUCUCUCACCUUCUGUGUGCACAGGUGAAGCCCAGCUGACUUCCUCCAUUGCCUUCUAACUCACAGAUGGGAAGAGAGCAAAGAAAAGUGAAGGCAUUUGCUGUGAGAUGUAGGCUGUGCACACUCUUCUGGUUCCUUCCUGGUGAUGAAAUAAUUCAUCUUCUCUCCAGAGCUUGAUGAGUGUUGCCAGGGUGGGUGUCAGGCAUAACAGAAGAAGCCUUUGCUUUCCAUGGUUCAUCCCAUGAGGUAAAAACGCUCCAAUUUCGGAAGUGAAUUAUGCAGCUUGUCAUGGGAAGCAAAGACCACGCCAUUUUUGCAUUGUUUUUGGGCCUGUGCAGUUUCAUUAGUGUACUCGUAGCUCUGUCUCUGCUCGUAACCUUUACACCUUCACCAGAGUGUUUCACAGCAGUACUGAGAGCGGAAGGUGACACCAGCAGAGCUGUCUGCUCCAUCCUGGUCACCUGGUGGGAGAGCAGGCUGCUGAAUACAGCUUUUCCCAGAGGAAAAAAACCUGUGGGGAACCAACGGGAUGAGCAAGCCUGGUUCACAGAGGUGAAGUUUAUGUAGCACAAAGUGCACAAUGAAGGAAAAAUAGAGGGAAGGCUGCGAGUCCUGCUCUGUAUCUGUGACACUGUAUCUGGGGAAGGGGAGGGAAGAGCAUUCAUUGCGGGAGGGGUGGUGGGAAGCUAGAAGUGUUCAAAUAUGUAUAAUAUUUUAUAUAAAUGUAAUAAGCUUAGUUUCCCCUUCAUAAUCUUCAGGAAUGGUACUUUAACACCAUUAAGCAAAGAAUUGUUUUAGGAUUAAAUAAAUGUAUUGUACAUAAGGCCAUACGUAAUCUUCUAAAAACGUCGCCAGACAGGAGCAAUGUGUAUUACUAUAUGAAAAAAAAAAGUCCUUAAUGCACUGUUAUCUCCUAAAUAUUUAGUAGUAAAUUAAUACUAUUUAAUUUUUUUAAAAAUUUGUCUUGUGUAGACACUAAAAAGUAUUACACAAAAUCUGGGCAGAACAUGUCCUUUUUAACAGCAAUUUAAAGAACUUUUUAUAUAUGUAAGGUAGUAACUUUUCAAAUUGUUCUAGUUGUAUUUUCCCAUGUUUACUAUUUGUGGAAGUGUGCCUGUCUUCAGUUAUUUUUUUUUCUAAGUUCAUGCACACAUCUUUCGUUUUUGUAGUUUUCCUUAGAAAUUUCCUUAGAAAUUAUUGCCUCAUGCCACCACAAAACUUUGCCACUCUAUAUCUGUGGUGGCCACAUUCAGCAGUGCCCGUGCCAAUGGGCUAGCAAAACCACAAAGCAAAAUACUUCUUUCUUAUUCUAGAGUUGAGAGUUUACUGCUUUUAAUUUGUCCUGAUGUCACUCUUAAAAUGACUGUUAAACUGAAACUUUGAGUUCAUUGCAUUUAUUUUAUAUUCUUGGUUGUAAUGAAAUGGAAUUGACUUUGCUUCAGUGUGAAUUUUUUUAAUAAAAUAAUAUACAUUUGUAAUAAUAAUAAAAAGUUCAAAU